ACCGAAUGGUGGCCUAGUCGGAUCUCUUUCCUCUCAGCUUGGCUCAGCAAACAUGGUGGAACUGGUGGAAUGCCGAAUCACAAAAACCCCACAGGUUCUCCCAGAUAGACCAGGCGGCGCCAUGGAUGAUGCUGACGCGGCGCUUGAGAAGUUCUUCGAAGAGGAUGCUCUCUUGGAGGCUCUUCAAGAUGCUCCUGACAUGGAAGCCCAAGCAGAGGUCUUCAAGGUCCCGAAGCCCAGCACGGCUGCCCCCGCGGCCCCAGCUGCCGAAGUCACACCCGUCGCGGGCACUUCGGGCACUGCGGCGUUGGGAAGCGCGGCGCGGGCGCGGCGGACGGAGGAGGCCAUGAGCACCUUAGAGAUAGAGAAGCCUGGCCCAGCGACCCGAGCACCGGUGCCCCGGGCCAAAGCUGGACGCUCUUGGACAGGAACUAUGCUGGUGGUUUGCAUCAGCCUGUCCAUCUGGUUGCUGAUCUUAUGGCUUUGGAAUGGGACGGAUGAGAAUGAGCUAUGGCCGGCUCCGGCUCCCAGCCAUAGCCAGGACUGGUGGCGCCGUGCUCCAGCCAUCCGUUUGCCCAACAACGACACCGGCGCCGCGGCGAUGGACGCCUCCGUGGAGCGCGUGCGUGUGGACACCGCCUGGUCCAGCGCCGACGUGUCGGGCAACGCCACAAGCAACGCGACGGCGAACGCCACGUCCAGCGGGGAAGGAAUUGGCCGGCGAAUACGUAAAGGACGCCGCGAUCCAACAGGUAUUGGACAUUAAAA